AUGGUUUCUUCAUUCGGAAUUCUAGGGCUCGACUGGACGACAAUCGCCGCAUCGUCGUUCCUGGUAUACAUCUUCACACUCAUAAUAUAUAGAUUAUUUCUCGACCCAUUGUCAAAGUUUCCAGGCCCAAAACUCGCAGCUGCAACGCUGUGGUACGAGUUCUACUACGAUGUCAUCAAGACCGGUACAUACAUGGCGGAGAUCAAGAAGAUGCACGAGAAAUACGGACCCAUCGUGCGAAUAUCUCCAUAUGAGCUACACGUCAACGAUCCCGAUUUCUACGAGGAGUUGUAUGCCGGCGGAGGCAGAAAGCGCAACAAAUACGCUUGGUUCGUCCGGCUUUUUGGCAUGACGGAUGGAUCUCUUGCAACCAUUGAUCAUGACCAUCACCGCUUGAGACGGGGUGCGAUAAGUCCGUUCUUCUCGAAAACUAAUGUGAGGAAAUUGGAGCCCGUGAUUCAGGGAAAUGUAGAGAAGUUGAUGAGACGAUUGGAGACGUUGGAGGGGACCGGGAAACCGGUGAAUUUGAAUGUGAUUUUUGGUGCGUUUACGAGUGAUAUCAUUAUUGAGUAUGCGUUUGGAGAGUCUCAGGGUUAUUUGGAUAAGGAGGAUUUCAAUGUGGAUUUCUUUCAAAUGAUGGACUCCAUACAUCACAUCGGCGCUGCAGCAAAGCAAUUUGGAUGGCUUCUCCCUAUCGUCCUUUCAAUCCCGGACUGGAUCACAACAAGAAUCGACAAAGGAACAGCGGCAUUUGCCAAAAUGCAGAACACCAGCAAAUCCAAACUCGCCGCCAUAAUAGAAUCCUCCCCAUCCACACACGCCCAAACAUCCAAAUCCACAUCCACAAUCUUCCACGACAUCCUCACCAGCACCCUCCUCCCACCCUCCGAAAAAUCCCUCGACCGUCUCUACCAAGAAGGCCAAACAUUCAUCGCAGCCGGCACCGAGACCACAGCUUGGUGUCUCACAGUCAUUAUCUUCUACUUACUCUCCAACCCUGAGAUCAUGAAGACGCUCAAAGAUGAGCUGGAUGCUGCUGAAAGGGGAGUGGAAAGGAAAGAGAAACGAAGGAGUAGUGUCCAGCUUGAGAAAUUGCCGUAUCUAAGUGCGGUUAUCAUGGAGGGACUGAGGUUGUCGUUUGGUGUUUGUACGCGGUUGCCGAGGAUUGCGACGGGUGAGACGUUGGUUUUGAGGGAUGGAGGCGGCGAUGGUGGCAGGGAGAAGGUGUGGAGAAUUCCGCCGUGGACCCCCGUAAGCAUGUCCGCCGGAAUCCAACACCUCGACCCUCGGAUCUUCCCCUCACCACUUGAAUUCCAGCCUUCCCGCUGGCUUAACAACAAGAGCCUUGAAAAAUAUCUGGUCUCAUUCAGUAAAGGCUCCAGACAAUGCGUUGGUAUCAAUCUUGCGUAUGCGGAACUGUAUUUGUGUCUGAGUGCGCUGGUUGUGAGGUAUGGAGGCGCUGCAGAUGGGACUGGAAAUGGGGGCCCGAAGAUGAGAUUGUUUGAGACGGGGAGGGAGGAUGUCGAGAUGCAGAGGGAUUUGUUUAUCCCUGGUGUGAAAGCUGGGAGUAAGGGCGUGAGGGUGGUUUUUGAGAAGUAG